AAAACUCAACCUCAAGUCAUACCAUCAUCAACAAAGGCUCAAGCACCUCAUCAAGAUGGCCAAGAAGAAAUCAGCAUCCAAUCAAAAUACCGCUGGACCGAAAGCUUCAACCAGUAAGGCAAAGAAGCAGGAUCCUAUACCGAAGACCGAGAAACCAGCAGUGGCUCCAACACUAGAAGACAUCACGAUCCCAUCACCAACAACAUCCAAUACCCCAAGCCAACGUCGAAAAAGUUCGAUUCCCGAGUCCUCUCAAGCCAGGUCGACACCCAAGAGGAGAACAUCAUCAAAAACUGAAACGCCAGUCGAACCGACAAAUAAUGAGAACGAACUCCCAGAACCGCUCCAAUCAGAACUGCAGAAACAAGCCGAAGCAAAGAAGGAGGAAGGAAACGUCCAAUUCAAAUCGGGCAAAUUCAACGAAGCUAUUGCAUCUUAUUCCGAAGCGAUCAGAAUCAAUUCCGAUAAUCCUGCCUAUCUAGCUAAUCGAGCAGCCGCUCUGAUGUCCAUCAGAAAUUACCACUCCGCACUCGCCGAUAUGCAGCUCGUCAACUCCCCCAAAUUCAUCUCCCUUGGUAUUCAACCCACUACUAAGAAUAUCCUCAGAUUAAUCCGAUGCUAUCUUCCAUUAGGACACCUCUACCAGGCUCGACAAUCACUCAAAAGUCUAUUAGAAAGCUCCCCAGACUGUCUCGAAGCCAAGAAAGAAGACGUUCGAUUGAAGAAGUUAGAUGAGAUCAUAGCUAGUUUACAGAGAGAUCGUACUCGUCAGGAUUGGAGUAUGAUGUUGAUCGGCCUAGAUCGGCUUCAAAAGGAGCUAGAUUGCGGAUCUCUCAAAGCAAAGGAAUGGCUGAUUUGGAAAGUCGAGGCUCUAUGUGGUCAAAGGAAAUGGGAGGAUGCCAAGUGUAUAUGUAACGAGUUAGUGAGGUCGUACUCUUCGGAUCCAGAAGUUUUGUAUUAUCGGGCGAAGGUGAUGUACUCCCAGGGAAACUUGGCCGCCACAGUUUCUCACUGCCAAGAGGCAAUACGAUGCGAUCCUGGGUUCAGUAGUGCUGGGACUCUACUACGACAAGCACGCAAGAUCGAGAGUUUGAAAGAAGCUGGAAACACCUCAUUCAAGGCAUCAGACUACAAGACGGCGAUCGAGAAGUACCUGGAAGCCAGCUCGAUCGAUCCGACGAACGAAAGCAUCCUCUUAACGCUCGACAGCAACCGGGCACAAGCCUUACUGAAAAGCGAACAAUACGCCGAAGGCAUCGAGGUCUGUAACAAGAUCCUCAAGAUCGACAAACAGCAUUUCAAAGCCCUCCGGACGAGGGCUAGAGCUAAAAAGGCCGACUCCGAAUUGGACGCCGCCUUGGCCGACUUCGAAGCCGCUGCCAAAAUCGCCCCAACUCCUAAAGAUAAAACUGAGAUCUCGAAUGAUAUUAAGACGACUAAAAUCUUGAUCGCUCGGAGUAAAUAUGUGGAUCAUUACAAGGUGCUUGGAGUAUCCCGGAAUGCAUCCGAUGACGAGAUUAAGAAGGCGUUCCGUAAACAGUCGCUUAUCCAUCAUCCUGAUAAAGGUGGUAAUGAAGAAAAAUUCAAAGAAGUUAACGAGUCGUAUACGGUUCUACAAGAUCCUCAAUCUAGGAGAAAAUUCGACAUGAUUGAUCCAGAUAAUCCACAAGGAGGAUCGUCUUUUUACGAUGGAUUUGACGACGAUGAUGAAUCUGACCAAAUGCCAUUUGGAUGGGAAGGGUUAUUUGGUUCGGGGGCGGGAAGUCGAGCUAGUUACAGCUCUGGUUCCCAUUAUCGGUCACAUGCUCAUGCUCAUACUCAUGCUCAUUCCUUCGGCGGGGGUAACCCCAAUCCAUUCUUCACUCAUACCAGAGGCUUUUAAUCUCCCCAAAAAAUCCUAAAAGAAUAACUGUCCACAAAAAAGAUAACUUUCGGAUGAUGAUGAUGAUGAUGAUUAUGAUGAUGACUUGUUUUUUUGGGGGGUUUCCUUUUUUAAGUUGUCACUUUCUUAAAUCUUGGUCUUGUUGAUCUUGACAAUCAAUCGCUUGCUCCUUCUUCUUCUUCUAUUCUACUCAAACUAACCAAAAAUAGAAAACAUUAAAAAACCAUUACAUUGAUAUCAAAACACAAAAAAUCGCUCACAAAUGUGUUCAAUACGAA